AUGAAGGUGAUCACUAUUGAUGAAAAUGAAAGUGCCAUCAGUGUAUGCAGGAGGGUGCUAAGUGGCUCAGAAACUGAUGAAAGAAUUCAAGAAACGGAACAGCUGUCGAUGGUACUGUAUGGACAAAAAUUGCCGAAGGUGGUACUCCAGGAAGGUCAUCAUCUAAUUGUGUCUUCAAGGUGCACAGAAGAAGAGGGCAGUCGAAUUUCGGAGUACGAUUGGACAACAUCGUUACCGGAAAUACGUGCAUUUAUUGGAAUUUUAUAUGCUCGUGGGGCCUAUGAGAGUCUUAAUAUGUGUCAAGCUGCAUUUGAAUCCCCAUGGAUAAAUAGCAGCAAAAGAAUUAAGAAUGCAUUGCGUCUGCUAAUGGCCCGAAGCCAGAAGCCACUUGUUUUUCAAGCCGGCUUUUACCCAAUGAAUCUUCGAGCAUUUAUUACAAUAUUAAGAGGUGCUUACAGUGCAUUUACAGUGAUGCGACAAGUUGAUAAAUAA